AUGGCAUUAUGUCUUGCAGAAGAGCAAAUGAACUUUUAUAGAGAUUGGGUAUCUGAACAUUGUUCGGUAGAAAUUCAACACGUUUUAUAUUCCAUUUUUGAUGUUGAAAGUGUAGAAGAAUUAAAACACCUUGAUAUUAUUGUAAAGGAUGAAAAAGAUACUUUAAAUUCUUCAGAGAGUUUUCUUUUAAAGUAUUAUUCGGGUAGUCAGAAGGAGGUAGAUGAAAUUUUAGAAUGA